CUCCUCCUCCUCCUCCUCCUCCUCCCCUCCGCCGCCCCCUGCCCCUCCGUUUGCCGCUGCGCCGGGGGCCGCGUCUACUGCAACGACCGGGGCCUGACGGCGAUCCCGGAGGGGGUCCCCGCGGGGGCGACCACGCUCUUCCUGCAGAACAACCGCAUCGGGGACGCGGGGAUCCCCGCUCGCCUCGCUCGGCUCUCGGCCCUCAAGGUUCUUUACCUCUACGCCAACGCCUUGGAGCACUUCCCGGCCCACCUGCCCCCGGCGCUGCGGGAGCUUCACCUGCAGGAGAACAACGUCCGCGGGCUCUGCCGUCGGGCGCUCGCCCGCGCCCCGCUCCUCGAGCGCCUGCACCUGGACGACAACUCCGUGUCCGCCGCCGGCAUCGAGGAGGACGCGUUCGCCGAGAACCGCCGCUUGCGGCUCCUCUUCCUGUCCCGCAACCACCUGAGCAGCGUCCCCCCGGGGCUGCCGCCGGCCCUCGAGGAGCUGCGCCUCGACGACAACCGCAUCCACACCAUCCCCUUGCGCGCCUUCGAGGGGCUGCCCGCGCUGCGCCGCCUGGUCCUGGACGGGAACCUCCUGGCGAACCAGCGCAUGGCCGACGACACCUUCAGCCGCUUGGGCAACCUCAGCGAGCUCUCCUUGGGUCGCAACGCGUUGGCCGCCCCCCCGGCCAACCUGCCCCGCGCCCGCCUGCGCCGCUUGUCCCUGGCCGCCCACGCCAUCAACCACGUCCCCGCCGGCUCCCUGGCUCGGAUGAGGGCCCUGGAGCGCUUGGACCUGUCGGACAACAACCUGACCACGCUGCCGCGGGGGCUCUUCGACGACCUGGGCAGCCUGAGCCACCUGGGGCUGCGGAACAACCCCUGGUUCUGCGGCUGCAACCUGGCCUGGCUGCGGGACUGGCUGCGGCGCGGAGCCCCGCGGGGGCUGGAGGUGAAGGGGCUGCUGUGCCAGGCCCCGGCGCGGCUGCGGGGGCUGCCGGUGGGGGAGCUGCGGGGGGAGAUGGAUGCGUGCGACCCCCCCCCGCACAACGCGGCUACCCCCGGCACCGCCGCCGUGUCCCCGGCAUCACCGGCGGCAGCGGAGGGGGGGCUCUGGGUGCAAGCGGCUCCGGGGGGGGCUUUAAGGAUCCGGUGGCCGCCGGCUCCCCCCGGCGCGUCCCUGCGGCUCAGCUGGUUCCGGCCGGGGCUGGGCGCGGUAACGGAGACGCUGGUGCGGGGGGACCGGGGCGAGUACGUGGUGACGGCGCUGCAGCCGCGAGCCCCGUACCGGGUCUGCCUCUCGGCGCUGGACCCCGCGGGCGGCCCCGGGGCCCCGCUCUGCGCCCAGGCCCGCGCCGGCGCCGCCCCCCCCGCCCCGGUGUCACCGGGACCCCCCCGCCGCCAGCCGGGGGCGGCUCCCAUCGCGCUGCCACCCGCGGCCGCUCCCCUCCCCGCCGGUGCAAACACCGGCGAUGCCUCCGCGCCGCCAGGUGGCGCCCUCCCUCCUCCCUCUGCCACUCUUUCUGAUUGGCACUGCGCUCAGCCAAUAGGAGAGGUGGAAAAUUCCAGAACGCGCCCGCACUCCCCACCAAUAGGAGGCCAGCGCCGGGCAGCGCUGCCAAUCAGCGCCGGGCUGGGGGGCGGGCGAGGGGGCGGGCCCUAG